AUUACCAAGCGUGCAUUACUGCAGUUGACUUGUGAUUCAGCACUAGGCAUGCAAUGGCGGUCUACUAUAAGAUUUACUUGAACACUAUUCUUUUCACCUUACUCACACUUCUAUUAUUGGCUUGCGCACGUGGCGAAAGUAAGGAUGUUGUCGAAGACAAAGCUGACAUGCCAUCAGAAAACGAUUUUUUAAAAGCUGAAAACGAGUACCAAGCAGAUCAUGUUGUUUUCCCUACCACUCGUGGCGAGGUUGCCACAACGAGUCCGCCAUGGCGUGGUUUUACUACAUCUAAUCCAACACCAUGGCGUGGUUUUACUACAUCUAAUCCAACACCAUGGCCUCGUUUUACUACAUCUAAUCCAACACCAUGGCCUCGUUUUACUACAUCUAAUCCAACACCAUGGCCUCGUUUUACUACAUCUAAUCCAACACCAUGGCCUCGUUUUACUACAUCUAAUCCAACACCAUGGCCUCGUUUUACUACAUCUAAUCCAACACCAUGGCCUCGUUUUACUACAUCUAAUCCAACACCAUGGCCUCGUUUUACUACAUCUAAUCCAACACCAUGGCCUCGUUUUACUACAUCUAAUCCAACACCAUGGCGUGGUUUUCAUACUACAUUUAAUCAAACGCCAUGGCGUCGUUUCACACCAAGAAGGCCCACCUCCCGACCACCAUGGCGCCGUGUUUCAACAAGAAGACCAAGUUCUCGUUCUUCACAACGUGUAAGCAUAUAAAUAUUAAUCAGUAAUUACAGUAACUUCUCGACAUUCCUAUUGCACAGCAACAGCAUCGUUUAUCAAUAUUUCAUGUAUAAAAACUCCGGGAAAUCCCUGCAUGGAUAUUAUCCAUAUUUUGUAUAUAUUCACUUUUCCAUAAUGACCAACAAAACACAAAAUGUUGUAACAAGGUUGUACGUGUUUAAUAUUUUCAGAAAUCAGAGCGACAAAAAAAUAUUGAAGAAUAGAAAACAUAAGGAUGGUUUUCGAAAUGAUAAUUCACUUUUCAUGCAGUGGAACUCAUAUUGCUAUUGUUCACAUUACUAUAUACAACGAAGCGCAAGGGUGCUGUAUUAAAAUCUUUACAUAUUUACGUCUUUUAGGAUUGUCCAUUUGAGUGUGAUAAAGUUUGUGUGGUGCACAGGAGACGAAACUUCCACCAAGGUUAUGUUUGUAUCAUUCCUAUCCAACGCGGUUGUCAAUUAUGUUGCAAAUUAUACACUCGAUGCCGUAGAUUCAAUGUUCCUGACUGGAUCUGUUAUCAAAAAGCACUGGAUUGUGUGUGUACAUACAGAACACGGUACAGGAAUACCCACUGCUUUGGACGUGGAAGAUGUUACAAUAAAUAGUUUGAUCUACUUAAUAACUUCAGUUAUAAUUGAAUGUUUUAUAUCUGAUUCAGUUUACUUACCUACAGUAUAACCUGUAUUCUAAUAAAUAAACCUGUUCUUCACAUUUUUUGUAAUUGUUCUUCUAUUUUACACUUUUAUAUAACUGAUAGGUUAAGUAUACUGCGGCAGAUUAAAAACAUACACUGUUAGGUAUCCAUGCAACUCGCGUCGGAAUUGUCACGCAUGCAUACUCAUUUUUUAAGCGCAGUAGCACCACUAUGAAACUUUAAUCUGUGGCACACUAUUGCAUAAAAAGCUAUGUUUCAUUAACAUUUACGUUUUCAGAAUAAAAAACGCUUGUCCUUUUACAGUUUAGGGACAGUCAUUAAUUAUAGAUGGGGGGGGGGGGCGGAGGAAAAUUAGGGGGGGGCUCCAAAAUAAUUGCCAAGAAUAGCGGGGGGGGG